CACUAGGAGCAUCAGAGCAUCUCGGCAGGCCCAGGAGGCGGAGCACGCGGCGACCCGGCGUGACGCGGGGCCGGCUCCCCUGAUAUAGAGGAGCCCGGCGGCGCAGAGUCAGAGCUCCGCAGCCACCUCAUCCAGUCUCCGGAGCCACCGCGGCCCGUCCACACCGUCCGCCAGCCGCCACCAGCAGCGCCACCGCCAUGCGCGAGAUCGUGCACCUGCAAGCCGGGCAAUGCGGCAACCAGAUCGGGGCCAAGUUCUGGGAAGUCAUCAGUGAUGAGCACGGCAUUGACCCCACCGGGACCUAUCAUGGGGACAGCGACCUCCAGCUGGAGAGGAUCAGCGUCUACUACAAUGAGGCCACAGGUGGAAAUUAUGUGCCCAGAGCCGUGCUGGUUGACCUGGAACCUGGCACCAUGGACUCCGUCCGCUCUGGCCCCUUCGGCCAGAUCUUCCGGCCGGACAACUUCGUGUUCGGUCAAUCGGGAGCUGGCAACAACUGGGCCAAGGGCCACUACACGGAGGGCGCGGAGCUGGUGGACGCAGUCCUGGAUGUGGUGCGGAAGGAGGCGGAGAGCUGCGACUGCCUGCAGGGCUUCCAGCUGACGCACUCGCUGGGCGGCGGCACGGGCUCGGGCAUGGGCACGCUGCUCAUCAGCAAGAUCCGGGAGGAGUUCCCAGACAGGAUCAUGAACACGUUCAGCGUGGUGCCGUCGCCCAAGGUCUCGGACACGGUGGUGGAGCCCUACAACGCCACGCUGUCGGUGCACCAGCUGGUGGAGAACACGGACGAGACCUACUGCAUCGACAACGAGGCGCUGUACGACAUCUGCUUCCGCACGCUCAAGCUGACCACGCCCACCUACGGGGACCUCAACCACCUGGUGUCGGCCACCAUGAGCGGAGUCACCACCUGCCUGCGCUUCCCGGGCCAGCUCAACGCCGACCUGCGCAAGCUGGCCGUCAACAUGGUGCCCUUCCCGCGCCUGCACUUCUUCAUGCCCGGCUUCGCGCCCCUCACCAGCCGCGGCAGCCAGCAGUACCGGGCGCUCACGGUGCCCGAGCUCACCCAGCAGAUGUUCGACGCCAAGAACAUGAUGGCCGCCUGCGACCCCCGCCACGGCCGCUACCUCACCGUGGCCGCCGUCUUCCGGGGCCGCAUGUCCAUGAAGGAGGUGGACGAGCAGAUGCUGAGCGUGCAGAGCAAGAACAGCAGCUACUUCGUGGAGUGGAUCCCCAACAACGUCAAGACGGCCGUGUGCGACAUCCCACCGCGCGGCCUCAAGAUGGCCGCCACCUUCAUCGGCAACAGCACCGCCAUCCAGGAGCUGUUCAAGCGCAUCUCCGAGCAGUUCACCGCCAUGUUCCGCCGCAAGGCCUUCCUGCACUGGUACACCGGCGAGGGCAUGGACGAGAUGGAGUUCACCGAGGCCGAGAGCAACAUGAACGACCUGGUCUCCGAGUACCAGCAGUACCAGGACGCCACGGCUGAGGAGGGCGAGUUCGAAGAAGAGGCCGAAGAGGAGGUGGCCUAGCGCCCCCCGCCCCCGCCGCCACUCCACCCCCGGGGCACACCAGCAAAGCUUUGACCCUGAGCUCCCACCUCUGUGCGCGCGCGCACACACACACACACACACACACACACACACACGCUGCCCGUCCCCUCGGACACCAUGCUGCGCAUCGUCACCACGAGGACCAAGGCCAGAGCCCAGGUUGCUUUUACUUGCUUGAACCCCUGCACCCCACUUUCUCCUCAGCCCUGCCAGGAAGGGCUCUUCUUGUCCCCUCGAGCCCCGCUCCUCCCCCUCCCCCCACAUACUCCACCCCCUUGGAUCUUGAGAUCCUUUUUCUCCUAUGUCCCUUCAUCGGGCCCUCCUAAACCUCUGACACACCCGGCUGUCUCUAGAUCUUGAUUUGUAUUUUACCCGCUCCGGAAAGCCCUCUUCACCUCUUGCCUCGCCUCACCUUUGAGCUCACAGCUCCCCGCUCUUGACCCACAACUCCACUCUCACUCCCUGUGUGUUCUUGCCCUUGUGCCUUAGUUCAGUUCCUACCAGAGAAGUGGGGAAGGGAGAAAGAGGCCUGUGGCCUGGGGUGAGAGGGCCCCUCCCCACUGCCCCUGCCCCCCCUGCUCUCCCUGCUGACCCUCCACCAAUAAAGGAGUCAUUGCUUUGA